AUGGCCGCCUCCACCAUGUCCGUCUGCUCUGACGCUUGCACCAACUCCUCCUGGCAAGUGGAUGACUGCCCAGAGAGCUGCUGUGAGCCUAGCUGCUGUGCCCCCAGCUGCUGCCAGUCCAGCUGCUGCCAACCUAGCUGCUGCCAGACCAGCUGCUGUGUCCCCAGCUGCUGUGCCCCAUCCCCCUGCCUGACCCUCAUCUGCACCCCAGUGAGCUGUGGGUCCAGUCCCUGCUGCCAAUCUGUCUGUGCUAGCUCCUGUGAACCCUCAUGCUGCCAAUCUUCCUGCUGUUCUAGCUGCCAGCCCUCCUGCUGCCAAUCUUCCUGCUGUCAGUCUAGCUGCCAGCCAGCUUGCUGCACCUGUUCUCCUUGCCAGCCAUCCUGUUGCAUGACCCUGUGCUGCAAGCCUGUCUGCUGCACACCCAUCUGCUCUGGAUCCUCCUCAUGCUGCCAGCCAUCCUGCUGUGUGCCUGCCUGCUGUACCCCCUCAUGCUGCCAGCCUUCAUGCUGUGUGCCUGUCUGCUGCAAGCCUGUCUGUUGUGUGCCAGUCUGCUGUGAAGCUGAUUCUUCUUCAUGCUGCCAGCAGUCUAGCUGUGAGCCCUCUUGCUGUACCUCCUCUCCCUGCCAGCAGCCCUGCUGUGAACCUCUGUGCUGCGAGCCUUUGUGUUGUGAACCUCCUGUCUGCUGCACACCCAUCUGCUCUGGAUCUUCCUCCUGCUGCCAGCAGUCUAGCUGCCAGCCAUCCUGCUGUGUGCCUCCCAGCUGCUGCAAGCCCUGCUCCAGCAUGUCCCUGAUCUGCCGCCCUGUCUGCUCCCGCCAAGCGUGCUGUGGCCUCUGCUCUGGCCAGAAGUCCAGCUGCUGA